AUGGCGGUGCGGGAGACGCGAGACGACGACGCGCUGCCGGAUAAUCUCUUCGAUGCGGUCGGGCAGGCGGCGACGGCGACGGCGGACGCGAUGAAGCGGGGGACGGCUGGGAGCGUGGUCGAGCUCUUGGUCCCAGAGCUGUGGGAUCCGAUGAGCGGAAACGUGAUGAGCGAGGCGGGAGAUCAGUUGAAGGUGUGGGAGAUCUCGAGGGAGUUUCUGACGAGGUUAAAGGCGGAGAGUGGUCGGGAGGUGCGAGCGGUGUUUCCGGACGCGGGGGCGGCGGCGAUGCUGCGCGCGCGAUGGGGCGUCGACUGCGGGUUCGAUUUGGCGAGCGCGGACGAUAGGAAUCUGGUCGGGGAAGAUUUCGAUGGGAUUUUGGCGUUCGCGGCGCCGGAUCCUAUGUCUCUCGAAAAAGUUCAGCGCGCGACAGGACGAGCAAACGAGCUGGGGUGUCCGGUGGUGCUCCUGAACCCGAGGCUCGCGAGCGGAGACGCCGGUGUGGGGUUAAACGUCAGAAGGAUGCGAGAAAACUUUUUAGGAAAGAUGACCGUCACGUACUCGCUGCGACCAUUGCCUUGGUGCAAUGGAAGUAUAUUCAAAUCGUUCCCAGGGGCGUGGCAGCUAUUCCUGGAGGAUCCAGAGGAGCCGGGUAGGUUCAAACUCAUCGACGAGUUUGCUCAGCGACCGGCGGGAGAGGAACUCGACAACAUUGUCGACGCGGCUCUCCGUCCUGUGGGUGAAGACGGUGAAACAAAGGAAAAGACCGCGGCAGAAAAGUUAGUGGGAAUAAUGCGCGAAAUGCAACGCUUCGCGCGUUCGUUAUCCAACUGA